AUGGCAAGAAGGAGAGAUAGAGAUGUAAACUGGAGCCCGGAAGCUGAGGAAGAACUGCUUAAACGUCUAGGUGAGUUCAAUUUAUUGAACUCUGUUGGUACCACCCCUCACCGAGAUAAAUACACACAAUGGGCGGCGGAGCUAAGUGAGCAUUUUAGCGUUCCCCUAACUUGGGACAAGGUCAAACAAAAGGCCAGUAGACUGAAGAAAACAUUUAAUGCUGAGUUUCUACUUCGCACUGCCACCGGACUUGGAUGGGAUCCGAUUCAAAAGAAACCCACUUGCACUGACGAGUAUUGGCAACAAUUUAUCAGUAUCCAUCCCGAGGUUGAAAGGGCGAGGAGGAAGCCCUUGUUGGAUUACGAUCUAUAUUAUUGCGCGUUUGCCAAUACUCGGGCAAAUGGGGCCUUUGAGUAUGGUCAAGAUGAUGCUCCACCACAACAUAGGUCCGGCAGCCCAACUGAGCGAGGAACAACUAGUUUCAAUGACGGUGACGAUGUUCUUCCUACAGAUAGAAGACAUGGCAUGCAUUGA